AGCCGUUCAAGGAAUCCAGUCCAAAUGUUUUCCAUAUUAGUUCAGCGCCUCCUCUCUUCCCAAAUAGCAGCACUAGGGAGAGGAAAGCCUCGGUAGGGAGGGGAAGAGGAGGCGGGGGCGGGAGUCAGACGGAAGGCAGGCAGGCCAACAGUUUCCAAGCAGUGCCGAAAAAUUAGUAAGGACUGAGAGGUAAAGAUACAUACAGCAAGAAGAGACAUGGGCCAGGGCCAGAAAGGUUCCUCAGAGCAGAAGGAUGGCAGAAAGAGGAGAGAAGAUAGCCCGUCGCAAGACGACGGCCAUAAGUGCAGAGUGUGCCGCUUUCCUCUGCUCGUGGCCCUGCUUCAGCUGCUCCUGGGGGUGGCCGUCACAGUUGUGGCCUUCCUCAUGUUGGCCAUCAGCCCCUCACUGCUGGCCAGAGAGACGCCACACUGGGCUGGGAUCAUUCUGUGCUUAGUUUCCAUUGUGGGCUUCAUCCUGUACUGCGUCACCUAUCACCCUGAUGAGCGCUCGUCUGUGCAGUUCAUCGUCAAGCUCCUGUACUUUGCCCUGUGUGCAGUCGGCCUGGUCAUUUCUGUGCUGGUUGUGGCCUUUGCUGGAUACCACCACGCACAGACCAGCAGCUUCAGCUGCAUGCCAGCCGCCGAGGACUGUCUGUGCACGUUGGACCCACAUGACCCAAUAGCUCGCACUUUCACCUAUGAGGGAGUCAGCGACUGUCAGGAGAUCACCGAGACGCUUCUGCUGUACCAUUUGCUCCAGAUUGUGCUGAAUCUGGCCCAGGCCUUUGUCUGUGCCGUGGGCGCCUUCAUCAUGUGGAAGCACCGCUACCAAGUCUUCUUUGCUGGGCUUCAGAUCGGAACCUUCCAGCAGUGGCACAAGGUUUAGCUUGAUGACGCAGUGGAUCCUUUUGCUGUUUAUCCUGAUGUUACAGCUAUCUUGUGUGCUUGCUGUAAUGAUAAUAAUAUAAUAUUGUCUUUUUGUACCUCUUUUGUACACAUUUUAAGAAAGUUGCAACUGUUACAGAAAUAUUGUAACACGUUAAAAGGAGCACAGCAAUUGAUCACCUUUAUUAAUUUCCAUUUCUUUCAUUAAAUUUGACAGGAUACAAGUAUCACACGUGUCAUAAUAUAAUACAAGUAGUUAGCAACACUGCUAAAAUCCAAAUACAAGUGGUCCUCGGUUUACUGCGUUCCGUGUUACAGCGUUUUUAUGUCCUUCAUGUGUUGUGUGUAGAGUGUGAGAGACUUAGCAGCCAUAAUGUAGGUAUACUUACACCAAAACUCGACUUAUAUCAUAGUCUCGGAACGGAACUCGCACAAAACUCGAGGACCACCUGUAGUAUGUAUUCUGUAGUAUGCAUUCUGAGAUAUAUUAGUUAUGAUAGUUGACCCUGCAUUCUCAAGUUAUGCUUUGCAAAUAUUUCUGGUUCUCCAAAGCUAGAGUGAAAGCCUAAAAUCUUAUUGCAUGAAAUUCUGUGUUGCUUGCUUUGAUGUAUUGUGCAGCCAGAAAGUCUGUUCUGUUUCUGUGUUCGUGAUCUGUUGAUGCAACAACCAAGAAAAAUAAAACAA